GAGGAGUUUAACUGAGCAGGGAACAGCAGUCUAUUCAUACCACACUGAUGCUCAUACAGUGGAUCAGUAACACACACACACACACUGAGGCAGGACAUGAUGUCAGUGUAGUGCCUGGUGCACAGUGUCCCUCAGCCUGUGCAGCGAAGUUAAAGCAGAUUAUCGUCAGAGAGCGACAGCAGAGCAGAGCGGCCUCCAUGAGUGAACAGCAACAUAAGCUGAUCAGAGGUGCCGUCUCAGUGACUGGACUCUACCUGGUGUAUGGAUAUGGUGCCUCCCUGCUCUGCAACCUGAUCGGUUUCGUCUAUCCAGCUUAUUAUUCAAUCAAAGCCAUCGAAAGUCCAAGCAAAGAAGACGACACAAAAUGGCUGACGUACUGGGUGGUGUAUGGCGUCUUCAGCUUGGGCGAGUUCUUCUCCGAUAUUUUCCUCUACUGGUUUCCAUUUUACUACGCUUUUAAGUGUCUCUUCCUGUUGUGGUGCAUGGCCCCGAUGUCAUGGAACGGCUCCCAGGUCAUCUACAACAAAGUGGUUCGGCCCGUCUUCCUCCGCCAUGAGGCCACGGUGGACAACAUGGUGAGCAAUCUCAGUGGGAAGGCCAUGAGCGCCGCCGAGAACCUCACCAGAGAAGUCUUGUCCAACCUGGUGAAGAAUAAAGCUCUGGUGACUCCGGUGUCGCCGGUUGCUCAGUCUGAAGCUAAAAGUUUACCAAGCUCAUCAACGGCAGCAUCAUCAUCUAAAACAGCUCCAUCACAGCCGAGUGACGAACGGCCGGUACGUAUCUGCCACGACUAACUAGUCCACCUUAAAGAACUCUGAGUCAUUUAAACAAAGUCAGAAAUCAAC